CUACCGGUACCAGUAGCACUAACUGCACCGUAGAGAUGUACCGGUAGGGUGGGGGAAGAUUUUCUUUCACUUCAUUUUUGAUUAGCUCGACUCAAUCACCGAAGCAAUCUAAAAACCAUCAAUCCAUGGCAACAAAAUUUUUUAUGAAACAAAAAAUCAUCCAAGUUUUCGUUGCACAGCGCAUCACCAACCAACAAAAACCAUACAUCAGCUGCACCAUCCACGCCGACCACAAAACAAAUACAAUACCUGGUUUGCAUACCGAAUCCCACCCGGAAAACACGCAUCGCAUACGAUCGACUGCCCAUUUCCUGCGCCAUGCCCACGAACGGACCUGCUUUUUCUAUGCAAAUGCUCCCCCUCGCUCGGGUGUGCGCUUUGGCAGCAACGGCCUCGACGCUCCUCUUGUUGUUGGCAGAACCCGUGGUCGAGGCGUGGACCAGCACGCAACUUUUGCUGCCGCCCCAGGAGAUCUGUGGACCGUCGCUUCCUUCCCCAUCGCCGAGCGCGAGUCAUUCGCCCACGGUGCAACGGCCGGAAGGACCGGCCUUCCAGCGCCGUCGGGACCGCUGUAGGGGGUCGUUUUCGGCGCUGCACCUGUCGUCGUCACCGGGGAACGGCAGGAACGACGACGAUUACGAGGACGAUUACGAGGACGAUUACGACGAAAACAAGGAGGAAGAAGACGCAUGGUACGAAAACCUGGACGUCCUGCUCGAGGGCGAGAACAACGACAUGUACGGGGACGAUACGGCGGACGACUGGAUUCCGGACGCGGAAAAGGCCAGGGGCCGACGACCCAGAGGCAGCCGGGAGCUCAUACCCGCAAACGAGGUCCUGGGGGAUUCCUACCACCAAAAACCAGCGAGCGGGGGCGCCGACGGCAGCAAGGACGGAACCUUCCAACGAAAGGAUCGGCCGUCCCCCUACACGGAAGAAGAAGAAGACCUCAUCGCCGCCAUGGGGGGCAAGGAGAAGAAGGAGGACGCCCCGGCACCGAGGGAGAUUGGCUUUCUGGGAGACUCGACCCUCCGCGAGAUAUCGAGGGACUACUCGGUGCCGAUCUGUUACCUGGCGGACGUCCUGGCCAUGUGGGGGGUUCCCGUUCCCAUCAACGUCAACGACCGGCUGGGGGACCUCGUGACCGGCGAGCAGGCCUUUGCGCUGGUCGAGGCGGUCAACACCCUGGACGUGGGCUACCUCAACGACCGGUACUCCAACCAGAACAUCCUCCAGCUCUGCGACGGGUGGGAGAUCGACAUCAAGGACGCCUUUGAGUUUGCCAUGAAGGAGGGGUGGAGCCUCCCCUUCGGAGUCCGGACAAACCUGAGGGUCGAACAGGAAGACGAGCUGCUCCGGGUCUUUUCGACCCUGUACCGCGACGUGGACGACGACUAGGGCCCGGGCAGGCCGUCCCUGUUCCGUGUCCGACAAACCCCUCCGCGACGCAUGCAUCCACGGCCGACACGUCGAAGCAGAACAAACCCAACCCGCCAUCCGGUCGCCGGGGAUCCGGCGUUUUGGGUUUUUGUGUGGUGGGAUUGAGUGCCGAAAAUCUGCAAGGAAAAUGCUGCCACUACUAGUUUUGAGAACCAUGGCGCGAAAGCUCUUUUUUGCAAAAGAUCAUAGAUCGGCGUCGGUAAUGUCGAGGAAACGAACUGUCCAAUGGUUCUCUUUGCAACAAAAAGACACGAUUCGCUUGCUGCUACGAUGUUCGAUAGGUUUCUACGAUUGGCAUUCUUGCUCUUUGUUUUCCUUCAUCGAUGCAUGCUUUCGGAGUUCGUACUAGUGCGAGUAGAAUACUAUAGCAAGACGACUUUGUGGUACGGUACCGUACCGGGAUCCAAGUCUCAUCAAGUAUCGAAACCGAAAAAAUCGUGUUGGUUGCC